UUAAACCGCUGGACUCGGCAUGGCGGCGCGCCCUCGGCCGCUUGACCUUGGUGUCCCCUAGGGCGGGUAAGGGAUAAGACUUUCUCGUCUCGGGUCAUACUGUCUUCGGAUACCUCGGGAUGCAUAUUAGUCCCUAUGCGCCACGUGCGGGCCGGCCCUCACCUGCAAGUCUGCUGACCCUGAACGACGCUCAUUUUCUGUGCACCGGAAGUGCUUGGCCUUCUUGGCGGCUGCUCCCCGGCAGUGGUUUCCCUCCCCCCUCAGCCUCGGGGCGGUCUAGCUGUCCGUUUAAGGGCGGGGUCUAGGGGCUACGUUGGGAUUGGAUGCCCCGCAGCUUUUGGAAGACUACCUCAGAUAUUUCCUUAAGCAUUGUUGGAAAGGUCGCACUAUGGCUUUGGGCAGUGUUCACAUCCGUAUCCCUCCUUAAGCUGUGUGGCCUUGGGUGGGUUAUAUGACCUCUCUGAGCUUCCCAGGUGACUUCUCUGCAAAAUGGGAUGGUGAAAUCCGAGCUGGUGCUAAAUCGUAACGUUCAUGCUGCAUAGCAGGGCUUCAGCAGACCAGCCUGUGUCGUCUGGUAGCACCACUGGCUCUGGGUAGAUCUGAGAAGCACCUUUCUAAGGCGGCCCACUUGGCUUGCAUUCCCGCCCGGAUUCAAAGGACUGACAAUUCCUUCUCUCCCUCAACAGUGUCUUCCCUAUCUAAUCCUAACAAGCAAGCCUUAAGGAAUUGCAGAGUUUCUGGUUGAAGGUUCUCCAGGCCCCCUUGUUAAAGGACAGAUUUACGCUCACUGAAGUACAGAAGAGAAUCCGAAAAACGCGUGUCUCUACCUUAAGCAGGAGAGGGAGUGGGUGGGAGCUCCCCAGAUGGCCUUUACCUUGGCCUUUUUUCUUUCUCCCUCAUUUGGGAUGCUAGUGACCUGAGCUCUGGCCCACAACACUUUCUGUAAGCAAGAACGCUGGAUGUCAUGACUAAGGAAGAGAUCUCGUGUUUAUUCUUGUUAAGUAGACUUCUGAGACAGCUGCUUCUGCAGGCACCCUAAUGCCUAUGCAUAGCACAACUGCAUUACUCUGAAUUCUUUACUACUAUUCGAAUUUAGUCACGGGAAGGGCAAGUGUGUGUAUAUCCAGGAAAUAUAGAAGGACAACCUGUUCAUUCUUUUUUUUUUUUAUUGCGGUACGCGGGCCUCUCACUGUUGUGGCCUCUCCCGUGGCGGAGCACAGGCUCCGGACGCGCAGGCUUACCGGCCAUGGCUCACGGGCCCAGCCGCGCCGCGGCACGUGGGAUCUUCCCAGACCGGGGCACGAACCCGUGUCCCUUGCAUCGGCAGGCGGACUCUCAACCACUGCGCCACCAGGGAAGCCCAAGCUGUUCAUUCUUGCCUCCUCCCAUUGCCUUCGAACUCUCUGGUAGGGUGUGGUCUUCCCAAGAGAGCUUCCUCCGGGAAACUUAUUAGAAAGGAAGAAUCCCAGGCCUCAGAUCUCCUGAAGCAGAGUCUGCAUUUUAACAGCAUCCCCAGGCUUUGCUCUGCACACUAAAGUUUGCAAAGCCCCGGUCUGACUCCUGGGGUGCUCUGGUUUAAAGUGGUGCGGUGGCAUCGAAAAUUUAAGGAGAGACAAGGUCCACAGAGCCAGAAUUUGCAGUGGUGGCCGGGCCACCUAUAUUUCCUGCUUUGGGGCACUGCCAGCAGCUCGAUUCAGAAGACAGGGGAGAAAUUUGUCGCUGGGGCAGGCAGGACGCACACCACGGCUUUGGGAUCCUCUGCUUAAAGGAAAGAUGAGAUCAGCCGUUAUUACCAUCCCUGCCGGAGCUCUUCUGCGAGGUGAGAGACUCAUUUGAACAAGAAAGGCGGCUGCCAAAGCACACUGAACAUGCCUCGGAUAUUCAGGGAGAGUGAAAACCAACUCUAGUCACCUGAAGAAAGAGAAGGCUUUGAUUUCCAUGUGAUGAGAGGUACCGGUGAAUGCAGGAGCUUCAGGGAUGCCCUAAGAGGAAGUUACCUGAGCGAGGUACUCCAGUGAUUUGUGUGUCCUUUUCUGCAAAGCAGCGUCAUAAGGAAAGAGAAGAUGGGUUGUCAAGUUCCCUGGGAGGUAUCUUCUUGUUGGUAGGGCGUCCUACCAACAUGGCCCGAUUGGAGAAGAGAGGAAGAGAGGAAACGGUGCUUCUCGGCGUUAGAAGAGUUCUAAGUAUUCUCGCACCAGCAGGGUUCUCCUCCUGCCCCACUGUCUGGAAGAUUUCACAUUCCGGGCACCUCAUCUUCCUCACCCAACAACGGUGUUUUGUGUCUUGAUCCCAGUUGAAGAGCCUGGCACACGAACAGCCUAGGCUAUUCAUUCCUGGAGCAAUUUUGCAUAUGCAAGACGAAAGCCAAGACUGAUGUCUUCAUCCCAGACGUGCUCAUUCACACACAUUCCGGGUGAACGAGUCAUGCUCAGGGGUCAGAGCAGGAAGUGGCUACUGCUGGAUGAAAGAUUCUGCUGGAAGAGAUGAAAGGUGCUUCGUGUCUCUGGGAGUGGAGAAAGAAAAAAGAGGCCAGUCUUUUCCGCAGCUGUCACGGUGAAAAGUUCCAGUUCUGGAAGCUGGAAGUCCAGGAUCAAGGUGCCAGCAGAUUCGGUGUCCGUUGUGUGGUGUCUUUCAGUACCUGCGAAAUAAUACGCUCGGGAGAAGACAACGCACACACGCAGCUCAACAACUGGCCCCAGCGUGAUGGGACGUGGGCGCCGACACCUUGCAGACCCUGCCGGGACCGCCCUCGCAGGGUGGCCGCUGCCCCGUGCAGACCAGCUGACCCAGAGCCCCUCCCCAGCACCUCCUCUGUGGGGCCCUCACACUCUGGGCCACCACCCUCGUCACCCCAGGGCCAGAGGCGUCAUCACACAGGCGUGCUGAUUAAAUUACUAGCCGCUGAUGGCAAACCUCCGUCCUCAGCUCGCAGGUGGAGGUGGGCGUUCUGGGGGCCAGGAAUGUGCCGAGACCGGAUAGCAGGAGGCGCUGCUUCCCAGCCUGCAGACGCCAGCGCAGCGAGCCUGGAGCCCAGAGGAGGGCCUGGGACGCGGAGCCCUCAGAAGGCUCCGCCCCCAAACGCAUCCCUUUCUUGACACCACCCGGCGGUUAAAGAAUCCUGCUGCUUACACCUAAAGCAUGUUUCUUUUAAAGAAUUAAAGGCUUCAGAUUUUCACAAGCCCGUUUAUGCUUCUAAUUCCUUGAAGAACCUGUGAUGGGAAGAAGUCGCCAGCAGACUACCAAGACAGUUUAGAAAACCGUGUUCAAUCUCUCUGUAAAUUGUCUUCCUGCUGUCUUUUAUAUGCCAUGGAAACAUUCAUUUCUCAUUACAGACGUAAGGACGUGUGAAUAUAUAUAUAUAUAUAUAUACACACACACACACAUAUAUGUAUAUAUCUCAAGAUUGAAUCUUUCCUGCUUUAUUGAAUAUUUCCAGCACAGACACGCAUGGACAUGCCCCAUCCCCCAUGUAGGGACAGACGUGACAGUUCAGUCCUGGGAGGACGUCCUUGACUCGGAGUGUGUCCUCCACUUUCAGCAGGAAACAAAAAUGGAAUAAAAUUCAUUCCUUCACAUUCUGAAGAGGUAUGAGGUCUGAUUUAUUUAUACUCUUUAAUACUCCUGAAAGUUAAAAGAAUUGAGUGACUAUGCUAUUUCUCCAGAUGUCAAAACUCUGAUUACCUUUUCAGAUUGAGAGAUUCAGAGUAUUUUCUCUCCACUCCAUUUUUAUUUUGGAGAGCUGGAAGCAUAUUCCAGUUGCAUGAGGCAACUAUAAAAAACAUUUGGAAUCUGUCAACCCUGGAAAUACUCCUCCUACCUCCAAAAAAGCAAGUUACAUUUCCAUUAAAGAUAGUAUUAUGUCUUUCCUCCUUCAAGGGACCCUUUUAUAAAACUAUGAACAUUCAGGCUUUGCUUGCAUCGAAAUAUUUAUCAUUAAUACACCUGGCACCCCGCAGACCUGGAAAAAUAUAAUUCAAAAAAUAAUUUAUAUGCUGACAUUUACUACACUCAUUCCUAUAAAAUAUAAUUUCCCUUGUUUAUACUAUAAAGUUGUAGUUAUUCCUUACUUCUAGUUGCUUCAUGAUGAAAUAUAGUGUUCUUGUAAAAGUCAUAUACUAGUGUUUACGAGAUUAUAGAUCAACACUGGGUUAUAAAGAACAUCCUGACACGUAUUCAGCUAUAUCCUGCCUCAUCCUUUGUAAAACAGUCUCUUCUGUCGGCUACGCUGACACCCAAAUAACAUGUAUCAUGACAGGUACUUUGCACUAUCACUUCUUAUUUUAUUUUUCUGAAUCCGCAGGACAGGCAUCAGUUAAAAUCCUAGCAUAAAGUGGCCUUUGGUAGGUUAACUGUCACGUCUCUUUAUU